UGGGUCCGGCUGAACGUGGGCGGCACCUACUUCGUGACCACCCGACAGACCCUGGGCCGGGAGCCCAAGUCCUUCCUCUGCCGCCUCUGCUGCCAGGAGGACCCGGAGCUGGACUCGGAUAAGGAUGAGACUGGAGCGUAUCUGAUUGACAGAGACCCCACCUACUUCGGUCCUAUCCUAAACUACCUCCGCCACGGGAAACUCAUCAUUACUAAGGAGUUGGCAGAAGAAGGUGUGCUGGAAGAAGCCGAGUUUUACAAUAUCGCAUCUCUUGUGCGGCUGGUCAAGGAAAGGAUACGAGACAAUGAGAACAGAACUUCACAGGGCCCCGUGAAGCACGUGUACAGGGUCCUGCAGUGUCAAGAGGAGGAGCUCACACAGAUGGUCUCCACCAUGUCUGACGGCUGGAAAUUUGAGCAGCUAAUCAGCAUCGGCUCCUCCUAUAACUAUGGAAAUGAGGACCAGGCAGAAUUCCUCUGUGUCGUCUCCAGAGAACUAAAUAAUUCUACCAACGGCAUUGUCAUAGAGCCGAGUGAAAAGGCAAAGAUUCUUCAGGAGAGAGGGUCUCGGAUGUAACCUGACAGUCGCAUAUUUCAGAAUCCUGAGGGGAAGGAGAGUGAUCUAGCAGAGCAGUUCUGUGACAUGAAAUCUUGCACCUGUACAGUAACUGAGCUACUGCGAAGCAAAGCCAAGCCUGGCCCCCAGGGGAGAGGUGUUCUGGUCGGAACCAAAGGAUUCCCCACCCCGCCGAAGGCAGAUGCACCUCUGGCUGCAGAUGAGCUUUCCAGAAACCUGCUUUUGUUUUCUUAGCCAACAUAUGACAGACUUUUACAAUGGCAGCUGGGCUGGGUCCCCAGUUGGAGCCUUUCAGGGAUCUGAAGGAAGGAGAUGAAGGCCAGUUCCUUGGAAAUAGCCUAGAAUGCCAAGGAAGCCAAAGCAAGGAAGGGAGCGUUGUCCUUAGUGGAGCCGGGUCUCUCUGGUGUACAGCCUGGAUGUUGACAGCCCCUUUGACCAUUCUUCCCCCUCUUAGGCAGCCACAGAAGGGUGUGAGAGAUGCAGAGCUCUAGCUUCAGUGUGCCAAACUGAGGUGUGGGGGAGCAGAUAUUGUUGCUGGAAGACCCACAUUCCUUUAAAGAGAUCCUCCAAAGCAGGGGAGGGUGGUGGCCCCUCCAAGAGACUGCCCCGUGUGCCCCAGUGGCUGGCCCCACGUGGCCUGCCUGCUCCCGAGGGGAGGUUUGAGGUGGUGGCAUCCCGAACCACGUUGGACAGAUGAAGGAGCCAGGCAGUGGGCUUGACUGCUUCUUACCCGUUGACCAUCUUCCGUCGUCAGUUUUGUAAACUGGACCAGAGAGAGGACCUUGUGGACUGACCCUCUGGUGGCUUGACGUGCGCAAGUUGCCAAAUGUUGUCCUCUUGUAGCUAAUCGUCCUGUUUCGUGAUUGUCCCUGAACAUGCCCUGACUGCAGGGCAGCACUGUAUGUCUCCCGGUUUCCAGCCUUGCUACACCAGCCCUGGUGACUGUGCCAGCCCUGCCUGGGGGCUGCUGGGCGGGUGAUCCCUGAGUGUCCCUCUGAUAAGCGUGCCCCAAACCCCCAGGGGUGGUAACUGCAGAGCUGGUCUGUGUGUCUCUGAGCUUCCCUGUCUUUGUGAGCAGUUGUAGAAGGCAGGGCCAGAGACACUGCCAUUUCCCCUGGACAGCUUGGAGCCAAAUGGCGUACAUGUGGAGCAGGGCAGGGGACCCCAAGAAAGAGCAUCUGUAAAAGCUGGCUCUGGCCUGGCACUGCCCGGUACCCUGGGUGCCUUCGAUGCCCAGGCUCUCUGCAGUCCCAACACCCAGCUGCUCACCAGGGCUUCAAGAGACAUCUGUCCACUCUGCCGGAAGUGUUUUAAGCACCUGGCUGACCAUGCCCAGCUGGGUUCAUUUUUCUUGCACAUUCUCACUUUGUCCUUUGUGUGUGUCUGUAGCGUAGCAUAGAAUUGUGAGCGUGUUUGCACCUGCGUGCCAUCACAGUGUGAGUACAGAAGUGUUCGUACAGCUACAACAGUAGAUGAGCCUCCUGCUGCAGGAGCCCGUCACCUCUUCCGCAGGGUCGCAGGCCUCUGUCCGGCCUGCCUUUCAGGAAAACAAGCUUGGCUGUGGUGGAAAGAAGUAAAAUGCAGGAAGAGUUGCUCUGUCCACAGGACACAGGACUUUGGAAAGAGCAGGUGAGGUCAGACUGGGAAGAGAAACACUUUGGGGCUUUGAGCCUCCUCACUAUGGCACAGGCCUUUGUCCCUCUACCUAACGGCAUCGAACCACCCGGGCUCCAGCCAGGCCAGUGCUUGUGACCCCAAUACCAGUUCUACCACCAAGUUCAGCGAGAAGGGGAGAAGAGGCUGGAGUGCAGACAGCAAAGGCCUGGCGGAUGCACUGUUACUUCAGUUAAGCUUCUAGAGUGCUUUGGAGUGCUGCUGAAUGGCAAGUCGGUCUCUGGGAAACAAAACGUAUCACUGGCAUUUCUGGUCUCCCAGAGGACUGUGACAAGUUCCCAUUCUCACCACAGCCCUGUGUCAGUUGAGUCCUAUAGUCUGGGAUCUGGGGUGACUCAUUUCUAAGGCUUCUGAGGAGUGUUUUGCUCAGUAUCUUCCCAGGAGAGUCAGGCAGGUCACUGCAGAGGGAGGGCUGUCCUCGGGGACUGCCAACUGGGAGCAUCUUUCUGCCCUUUUCUCUGCCCAAGCCUGGGCCUAGGUGAUGCUGGCUGGGCCCCAGAGUGCUGCUGUCCCCUCUCCUCGGAACCUGGCCCCUGACUUGGCCGUGUGGGCCCAGCCUCCUCUAACAGGACUUCAUCUCUGCACAAUCUGCUGUGCCGUUUCUCUCUGGGGUCAGCCAAGUGUGGGGGGAAGAGUGAGGUUGAGGGAGUAAGGCGGAAGGGACACGCACACCCUCCAACAUGGCCUUUGACCCAGACCUUUGGGACCAUGCCUGUUACUCUUGGGUGCCCUUGUUACUGUUCAUGUGUCUGAACAAAGUUUGAAAUGCUGUGACUUUUUUUGUCA